AUGUCGGACCGUCGCAACUCGCACAUGUCUCCCAUGCCCCUGCCUUUCGCGAGCGGCCACGUGUACGCUGAAGGGUUCUACGUUAAUUCUCCGCCAGUCGCUUUUUCGUCCAUGUUCGGUAGCGACGGCGCGCUGGACAACAUAGAUGGUGGCAAUCUGGAUGCCAGUAACGCCCUGGAUGGUAACAAUGCUGCCACCGGUGCGUCGAGAUUCGCCAAGGAGUGCGAGGUAGGUGAGAGCGGAAAAGCGGCUGUAAUGAUCAUCGGGGAGGUUGGUAACGGGGACGAGGUGGAUCGUGACAAUAACGGGGGUCGGAUGGAGGUGGGGGGUCUGGAGAACGUUUGGUCAGACGAAUCGGACAAAAUGGAGAAUGCGGAGGGGAGGUUCGAGGGGAGGCUGGAAGGCAGAUCGGAGGGGCGAUCGGAGGAGACGGGAUUGGCGAGGGGGCGACGAACGAGCGCGGGGAGAGAAAAGGACAUUGGGGAUGCGUACGGGUCGACAGCAGGGCCGGGAACGGGGUGUGAGUGGCCCACGUGGCCUGACUACACCCCGGACGAAACCAUCGGCGCGGACUGGGCCGAGCUGCUUAAGGUCGACGACGAGGUGGUUCCCCCGUCGAAGCUGGAGGCAGCACAGGCGGGAGGGCAGCAAGGCUCGUCGUCCUCCCUGCCUUGGGAACUCCGGUCAGCAUCACCACCAACAGAAGCAGCAACCACAUCAGCAGCAGCAGCAUCAUCAUCAGCAGCAGCAGCAACAGCAACAGCAGCAGCAGCAGCAGCAGCAGCAGCAGCAGCAGCAGCAGCAGCAGCAGCAGCAGCACCAUCAGCACCAUCACCAGCAGCAGCAGCAGCAGCAGCAGUACCAGCCGCAACAGGCACAACACACGAGCACACCCCAACCCAUUUUCCCAACCCCAACUCACCUCCCCACCUCCCCCCUCUCCAGGCCCCCAUACCCGCCCUUCCACAACCCCUACGCGUCACCAGAUCUCCCCUUUUCCCUGGUGGCCGUACCAGGCAUCCGCCGCUGGUGCCGCUGCUGUCGUUGCUGGGAUGCAGGGCCAGGGUGGGGUUGGCAGUGGAGGAAUGGAUGGGUUAA